GCCCUGUCAGGUCAAUGGGAGUUGGCCGCGAGCGCGCGCCUCUCAGGCCAGAGUUGGUCUCGCGCCGGGUGGGCGGUUUAACUGUCGCUCUCGCGGCGACGGCGCCAUUUUGUUCUGCUCGCCGCGUCGGGGCGGCCGGCCGGACCGGAGCGGGUCCCCGGGCUGGGCUCUAUGGUGCCGUCGCUGGCCUGAGGGGACCGCCGGCCCGCCGCACUAUGGAGCCCUGCCCGAGAGGAGGCCGCCACGCCGCGAGGAGAACCGGAGCUUCCGCAGGCAGCAGCUGGAUCCCGGCGCCGGAGAAGCGGCCGGGCCGCAGGGAGCGCUGAGGAGCCCCCGCCAUGGAGCCGAGGAAGAGGGAGCAGGCGAGCCCCGGGCUCGGCCAGGCCAGCUCCUGGCUCGGGCUCCCCUGGCUGAAGCUCGGCCCCUGCCCCCCGGCUCCUCCCGUCGCGGCCCAGCCCCAGCUUAGCGCCCCCUUCUCCUGGCUGCGGCUCUUCUCGCAGCUGCUUUCCCCGCUGCCCGGCCUCCUCCAGCGCCUGCUGCCCGGCCAGGGGCUGAGCAGCGCCCUGUGCCCCGCGCCCGGGGAGCCACCCGCGGGGGGACCUCAGGCCGCGCCUCUGCUGCUGCUGUCCGAGGCCACCGCCUCGCUGAGUUGGGCCGACGGGGAGCUGCACUGGCCGGACGACGUCCCGGAGAUGGGGCGGAAGAGUAGCCUGGAGCCCGCCCAGCCGCUGUGGACCGCUGGGCUGGUGCGGACCGGCCUGGCCCCGCUCAGCGUCCGGCAAGUGGACCUGGUCUCCUACAUGCUGGGCCCCGGCGGCAGUCCGGGGUCCGGCUACGGCCAAGCCUGCUGCCCGGACAAGAGCCAUCUGCCCCAGCCGCUGUGCGCCGAGCUCCCCGCGGACGGCUGGCGGGGGCCCCCACCCCGGGAGGGGCUCCCGGAAAUCCAGCAUCUCCGCACCAAGCGUCUGGAGUUUCUCCAGCAGCAACAGCUGGCGACUAAUUGCCUGCCCGUACCUGAGUCAGACCACGGCUACCACAGCUUGGAGGAGGAACAGCAACACAGGGGUAACUGCCAAGAUGAUGCCCGGCAGCCGACAGGCUCUGAGGAACUGCCCGAGCACAGCAUAGUGGAGCAAGCUGGAGACAGCCCCCUACAACUGGAAGUAGGGAGCCCUGAAAAGGGGACAGCUGAGGGAGGAACCAUCUUGGCUGAAGAUGAGGAUUCUGAUAUACAGCAAGAUUUGCCACUGUCAUCUAGACCUGUCUGUGCUAACAAACUCAUAGACUAUAUUAUCAGAGGCACUUCCAGUGAUGAGGAAAGCUCAGAGGGUGAGGAAGACUGGGAGGAGGAGGAGGAUGAUGAUGAUGAUGGGUUUGAUAGUGAGGGGUCCCUCUUGGAUUCAGACUCUGGUAGCCAGGAUAGUGAGAACCUGCACCUGUGGAAUUCCUUCUGCAGUUUGGAUCCUUACAACCCUCAGAACUUUACAGCUGCCAUUCAGACUGCUGUUAAUAAUUCAGAGAAGGAUCUGGCUGGUGAGUCAGAUGUAGAGGAGGAUUCUUCAUGGGCUGAAAGCCUUCCUGGCUCCCCUGCCCUCAGUCCUGGAGAGGAUGAUGAAUGGGAGUGUAAUAGUGCAGAUGAGGAAGAUAACUUGAAACUUUGGAACUCAUUCUGUAACUCAAAUGAUCCCUAUAACCCUUUCAAUUUCAAGGCACCAUUUCAAACUGCAAAAAAGAAAGGGAAGCAUGACUUAGAAGGAGCAUCUGGGCUGGGUUUUGUCAACUCUCAGUGCAAUCUCUUAUUCACCUGUCAGGUUCAGCUGCUGGAGAACCAUAACUGUGGGGUCACAGACACAGUGCAGCAUGGCAUUCUUUUUGGAGAGAAACAUGCAAAAACCAAGAGAAAAAAGGUAACAUUCCUUGAAGAAGUUACUGAGUAUUAUAUAAGCAGUGAGGAAGACCGCAAAGGACCCUGGGAAGAACUUGCACGGGAUGGAUGCAGGUUCCAGAAACGAAUUCAAGAAACAGAAGAUGCUAUUGGAUACUGCUUAACCAUAGAGCAUAGACAGACGAUAUUUAAUAGACUUCAGGAAAAAUACUAUAAAAUCCUUGAUGUUUUCUAGCCCCCAAAUUUGGUAGCCCUGUGACUGUACUGUUCAGUAAUAAACUCAGGAACAUCUUCAGAUGUUUCUUCCUCUUAAAAUUAAAACUGGCAGCUGACUGUAUAGGUUUGUAUCUGGAGGCUAAACAUAACUUUAAUACUGCUCCAAAAUUUAAUGUUUAUCCAAGGAAAUAUGCCUUAUUAUGCCCAGAAUUGGUAUGAAAACAGAAAACAAAUCUCUUGGUCACUUGAAAAAUAAGUGGUAUAAUUAUAUUGGUUUUAAAGUAGAUUGUAUUCAACUAUUGAGGUAAAAUCCAAUCCAUAAAUGCCUGUCUGCGCCAUAUGAAGGAAAAGGGAGGCUUAUUAGGUUGGAAUUUUUGCACUUUGGAGAAAACAAGAGUCUGAAAUAUUUAUAGGGUUCAAAACCCAAUGAUUACAGUUCUGAUUUAAAGUUUGUAUUUCAACAGUUGAAUUGUCUUUUUCCAAUUUCUGUAAAACAAAUUUGGUAUUUUGCUUGGUAAUUAUAAUUAAGUCCUCCAUCUUCUUGAUUUCGGUUUUCCUUAUAAGAUUUUCUUUGUUACAUAAGUCUUUUGAUUAUGUAUUUAAAUAUUUUGAUCUAAAGCAGAAUUUCAAGAGAGCUGAAAAGUGACACCGUCUUUGUUCAACUAUUUUCAUAGUAUAAAAUUCUUGCCUGGUACUUAGUAAAACUAGUUGUGCACUAGGCUCAUGUUUCAGAACUCUGGAAAGCUCUGAACCCUGAUUAGUACGUGCAACAUGUAAUACAUUUGCUGAUGUUGAAGGUGACCAUUCUGCUGCUAGACUAUAUCAUGGGCAAGCAACUGUCUGUUAUGCUUUAGUUUUCACUUUGACAACUUGUGGCAUUUGACCUACAAAGGACAGUGAAAAGUUGAAUUUUACAUUAGGUUCUUGAUGUUUUGAGCCAAGUUAUCAAGCUCUAAAGCUACACCCCAGUACAGUACAUACUUUCUUUACAGAAAACCAGUAUUAAAACCACCAUGCCUCAGUACUUUUUUAAUUAGCUGAUAGUGUAACAUUGUAUACAUGGAAGCUGACAGUUAAUGUCUCCACUUGAAAAAUAGUUAAGCUUACUAUUUCAAUCAGUAGCUAUUUAUUCCUUUAAAUUAGUAUCUAAAUGUGCUGGCAAAAGUGAAGUAUGUUGAGUGGCUCUUUCCAAACACAAAGAUGUCGUGAUGCAGAUUAAACUUGAAAUAUGAGGCUAUUAAAAAAAUCUGUGUAAACCAGACUACAUCGGUAGCUGAUGUGUACUUCAUUUAUUUUAUUCUGUGACAAUGUACAGUUGCUAUAGAACUGGCUCAGCAAAAUGUUCAAAUAAUUUAGACGUAGUCUGUAUUAAGGAGAUGUAACUUCAUUUGAUGUGAAGGAAAGCUGUUUACACACUAAGUGAAGACUUCACCUAAGGUUAUCGGCAUUCAUUUCCUUGACACGCAAUUCAAAGCUUUGACAUUGUAGAUUCAAAGUCUUCUAGUCUUAAUUUCAAAAUCUGCCAGGUCUUGUGCUAUAAUUGUCUUGAUGUACAAUUUCAGAAAUGCUUCCUGACUUUCUCAAACUAAUUGUCUUGAAUACAUCUUUUCAGUAAAGAGAAAUCUUUCUUUAUUUUAAUGAAGUUGAAUAAUGCCCAGAGGCAGUAAAUGCUGUCUUCAAGUAAAAUUAAAGGUAUUCUUUUAUUGUAGACCUUAUCUGAAAAGUUUGGUUGUAAAAUUGGCUAUACAAAAACUAGACACCAACUUUGUUUUAAUUCUUGUUGAGCCAGCCUUUUGCUGCAAAUUGUCUUAAAUUACUCUGUCCUAGUGACACUUCCCCUGAUCCCCUUCGUGGUAGAAUUUGAAUAUUUCAGCUUCUUAGCAAUUCAAGAAGUGCUCUCAAGUCAAAUCUAAACCAAAAAUUUGGUUAUGUAAAAUGUUAGCUAGUAGAACUGCUUCCAUGAUUUUAAAAAAAAUCCAAUGGCAACAACUCUUUAAAAAAUAUUUCCUACAGUGCUUGCAAGGCAAAUAGUGUGACAGUGAGGUGGUCUUGUGAUUGAAGCACACGGUGUUCAGUUUUUCCAGUUCUGCCAGUCUCCCUCUAGCUUCAGACAAGUCAUUUUUGCAUCAGUUUCCCUGUAAAAUUGAAAGGGCUCCCCACCUCUCAAUGAUUGUGUGAAGUUUGAAUUAAUUAUUACUUGUGUUUUGAGAUCAUGCAAAAGACAGCAUUAUAGAAAUACAAAUAUUGGUUCAAUAAUAACUAGAAAAGAACUAAAAAGUGAAGCUAAUGGAUUUUCAUUGUCUUCAAUCAAGUAAAAUUAAAUUAGACUAACAUUCUAUCCAUUUUUUAAAAUUUUAAGCUUUUUUUUUCAAUAUGUAAGGAUUCUGCUACAUUGGUGGCAUCUGUCUUUUCCCUUACAUCAUCUUAACCUCAGUAAUCAUUUUCUUUCAGGUAUAUAACUGCAUGGUUAAGCAUUUCUAACAAAAUUGCUGUCCCUUUCAAACCAUCAUGUGGAAAGAGGGGAAUUCUGGCACUGAACUCAGUCCCAAAUGAUAAAAUCACUUAAGCAAAAGCAAACCAAUUUUAUUCUUAAUUUCUCUUUCCUUUCCCUAAAACAGAUAUCUGGAGUAGGUAAAAGGUUGUGUCUUGUGUUUUAAGAACACCUGUUAGCAUUAAACUUUAAAUCAAAACUGUAAUUAUCAGAUUUUAUUUUUAUAUAAUUUGAGAGGUAAAGUUAGAAGCCUGACAACCUUCUAAAUUGGCUUUAUACAGAUAUUAAUUUGUAUCCAAUUUGUUGGGUUUUUAUAUCUAAAGUUAUAUUUCUGUAUAUAAUAAAAUUAUUCAGAACUAAUCUGUAAAUUGAAAUAAAGAUAUUUGCAAGAUA